AUGGAGCACGGCCUUGGGGCUGCUCCCGGCUGGGCCACAAGGUCCAACGAGACUCUGGUGACAGAAUUCGUGCUUCAGGGCUUCUCGGAGCACCCCCGCCUGCAGCUGCCCCUUUUCGGCUGCUUCUUCUCCCUCUACACCGUGGCACUCACGGGCAACGCUGUGAUCAUCGCCGUGGUCAGCCACAGCGCCAGCCUCCAAAGCCCCAUGUACUUUUUCCUCUGUAAUCUGGCUGCCAUGGAUAUUGUCUGCACCUCAUCUGUGCUGCCCAAGGCGCUGGCGGGCCUGGCCUUCGAGGAAAACACCAUCUCCUUCCCGGGGUGCAUGGCCCAGCUGUUCUUCCUCACCUGGUCCGCAUCUUCCGAGCUGCUGCUGCUGACGGUCAUGGCCUACGGCCGCUACGUGGCCAUCUGCCGCCCGCUGCACUACAGCACAUGGAUGAGCCGGCGGUUGUGCAGGUUGCUGGCCGUGGGCGUGUGGGCCGUCUGUGCCCUCAACGGGUCGCUGCACGCUGGGCUGAUGACGCGGCUGUCCUUCUGCGGCCCCAACGUUAUCGCACACUUCUUCUGCGAGAUCCCCCCACUCCUGCUGCUCUCCUGCAGCCCCACACUUGUGAACAGCAUCAUGACUGUCUUAGCCGAUGCCUUCUAUGGAGUCGUCAACUUCCUGCUCACUCUGGCUUCCUACGGCUGCAUCGUCGCCAGCAUCCUGCGCAUGCGCUCGGCUGCCGGCAGGCGGCGGGCCUUCUCCACCUGCUCCUCCCACCUUCUGGUGGUCGCCGUGUACUACUCCGCAGUGUUCUGUGCUUACAUCAGUCCGGCCUCCAGCUACCGCCCUGAGAGAAGCAAGGUGUCCGCAGUGCUCUACACGAUGCUGAGCCCCACCCUGAACCCCAUCAUCUACUCUCUGAGGAACACGGAGGUUAAACAUGCCCUGGGGAGACUUAUCUCUAGUCUU